CCAAAGUGAACUUCCUCCGAUAGACCUAAUGGCUACAGAUGGAAACACAAGCGGGACGGGGAACAACGCGCCACCGGAAUUCAGAUCUUAUAAAGAGAGGGACCUCCCACUGAUGGAGUUCCCUUCUUUUGACAUGAGAAACGGGUCACCGGUAUCCGCGUUCAGGCUUGUGGUGAGGCUCCCGGUGGCCCAGGGGUAUCACUGGGUGCCUGUGCAGGGCAUGACACCUGAGGCAGCCAUGUCGAACAUUGACGCCUUCAUCAAGAGCCAGCAAAUGCAGCUGACAGCACACCCCCCAGCCGACUGGACUCGAGAAAGGAUCAAGAAGAUUGCCAUCUGCUUGGGGAUCUCUCGUGCGGUCGCCACCGCCAACCACAGGAUCCAGCUAUCUGAUAUCAUGCCAGAAGAAAGGGCCAGCCCAGUGUUCAACUACAGGCCGCCCGUAGCCGGGGAAACAAGAGGGACAAUCGAAAUAGUCCCGGGGCUGAGCGACGAGGAGAGGGCGUUCGCUGCCCAGCCCAUUGAGUACACUGAUGCGGAGAAGGCCGCCAUGGCUGUGCUUAUGAGAUGCUCUCUAGCGACGAUCCCCCUGCAGGGAUACUCCUUGGUUGAUUGCGGGCAAGACUACCUGAGCGACAAGGGGACGCAGUCGGGCAAGGCUUUUGCUGCGGUGGAGAGGCAAUUCUGGGGCGAACCUGCCAUCAAGGACUGGCUAGGCGCUGACAUCAAGCAGAUACAGGAUGCCAUGUGGAACAAGGCUACCCACCCGGUGAACUUGGCGGUUAAGUACCGAGCGUGCACAAGCCAGGAGGUCAAGGAGCAGCUAGUCACUGCGGGAGUGGGCUCGGCAGCGAUUAGGCUGCCUGCAAUGGAACCAGAGGUCAGAGCAGGGAAGUCUUACAUCGCGCUCUGCGACGUUGUGAGUCCUCACUUCGAGAUGUUCGGAGGGGGUGUGAACACCGACCUACUCGAGCUGGCGCUGGCCACCGUGCAGGCAUACCCCCUUGGAACGGAGAACCCCGGAGAGCUACAGAACAGGGACAAGAGGAUCCCACUGAACGUGGUGAACAGGAGGACUGCAGUACACUGGGUCAGCUCCAUGGUCAAGCGAAACGCGAACAUCGCUGCGAUGUGCUAUGGCUUCUUCAUUGCCAUGUCCGACAGGACCCUGAUGUCCGCAGCUGGUGGAGCGGUGGACAUCCUGAGGCACUCGUUUUCGCUCAAAAAGCUGGUCAGAAACCAGCUCCCUGCAUACAUGACCGGUUACGAGAUGUAUGGCGACUAUGCUGCUGCUGUUGCCAAAAAGCAGACAAGAAGCAAGGGUGCUUUACAGUGAGCUGUGUGUUUCUGCAACAGGUAGAUAGGUUUUACUGCUUUCAUAGUUAGGAUUUCCCUUUGCGUUGUGAGUCCUUUUCUAUUUUAAUGAUAACUAUCGGUGUCAUUUUAA